AUGGAGGACUACACCCGCCUGGUUCCUCGCCAGAUAUGGGCGCAGCCAUCAAGUGCUGUAUAUUUGAAUCGCACGUACGCUUUAACCCUUACCGAGAAUGCAAUAUUUGAGCCGGCCUGUACGAGUUCGCCGACAGUGACCAGUCAUGCGUCCCCUAUGCUCGAUACCCGUGAUCCCUUUUAUGCUUCGGUGACUCCACAACUGUACGCCAUCGGAUGCGCGACUAUUGUUAGCUAUCUGCUUGUUAUUAUCCUUCUCAUAACACCUCGCACUUUCUAUGUUGGUGGCCCUGGUGGCGGCGCGAACUUUCUUGGCCGCCAUGGUAUGAUCAGCGGCUCAUACAGUGAUAAUUCAUCGGUCGUGGGAGUUGGAGGCAGGCCAUGGCUGCAAAAGGUCGCUGCAAUACUAGUCGCAAUCUCAUUGACUAUCGCGACGGCCGAUUCAUUCAGAGUUGCUGAAGAUCAGUAUAUUCACGGGUACUCUGAUGCGGAAGCACUAGCCGAGGAGGUUAUUGAUGGCGUGGAGAUCCGCGUUGUAAGGGUCAUUUCCAGCACAUUCCUGUGGCUUGCCCAGGUGCAAACGUUGAUUCGGCUCUUCCCGCGGCACAAAGAGAAGAUAAUGAUCAAAUGGGCUGGGUUCGCGUUGAUUGUGUUGGACACGAUAUUCAGCAUCCUCGAUAAGUUCCUAGUCCAGACCAAUACAACACGACCACGACUGUACGACGACGCGAUUCCCGCUCUCAGCUAUCUUUUUGAACUUGCCCUCAAUCUACUUUACGCCGCAUGGGUUAUUUUUUACUCGCUAUCGAAACAUAAAUUUGCAUUCUUCCACCCGAAGAUGAGAAACAUUUGUCUUGUAGCUCUAUUGUCUCUGUGUGCAAUACUAAUCCCUGUGGUUUUCUUUGUGUUGGACAUCGCGAAGCCAGAAAUUGCUGGGUGGGGUACCUAUGUAAGGUGGGUAGGAUCCGCUGCGGCGAGUGUUGUCGUUUGGGAAUGGGUAGAGCGGAUUGAAGCUCUGGAACGAGAUGAACGAAAGGAUGGGAUUCUUGGUAGAGAGAUCUUUGAUGGAGAUGAAAUGCUGGAAGUGACUCCGUCCGAAGAGGUUGAUUGGCCUCGUCAAAAUAACACUGGAAAUGACCGAGGCGGAGGCACCGGCGUGUCUUCUGGUUGGGGAGGCAUGAUGGGCUUAGGCCAUCGGCCUUUACGAACCAGGGUUGGCCUUCCGAAUGGUAACCGCACUUGGCAAUCUCGCCCUGAAGCCCAAAACCGCAACUCUUCUAUUGAUCCCCGUCGUCGGAGAGCAGCCCGGCCCACACCCCCGCCGGCAGCCGCCACACCUGUCAGCCGGGCUGACACCACGAGUGCCGCUAGCACGGUGUAUAAUGUUCAUUACCACCCCGUUUCUAGCCCAACUCCACCAGUUGUCAUGCCCCACAUGGAGGAGGAAGGGGAGCUUAGUGAUGAGGCAGUCGCUGCCAAAGAAUUGGCAACAUCCAUGGAGGAACAGCAAACGAAUACAGCCCAUGAUGGCUCUGAAAUGCAAAAUAGGGAGCACUCGCCCCAGAUUGUUGCCGACCACAGGUGGAGGACUGUUCUGAACCCCUUUAAGCGUCGGCGCGCAUCGCUACCAAGGGAAGUCGCAUCAGCACAAGCCGAGGACCAAAUUCCUAAUGAAGAGGAGGAGAAUUUGCAUGAGGGGCAGAGCGGUGCACGGCGCGGUUCACAAGUGUCGACCACUCUUUUACCUUUCAGUCGAAGGACACGGCCCGGCUCUGGACGUCAAGGGUCAGAUACCCCGUUGCCAGUGACGGUUAUUCCUGCCCGGCAUCGAGGCCAGCAGACAUGGUCGCCGCAGUGGUUCAACAAUUCCAGCAUUCUGGAACCGUCGCCUCGCCGACACAACACAACCGUUCGCCCCAAUUUACCUGUAAGGGUGAUUCAGCCACAGACUCGAACAGCCGCACCAUGGACUACAUCCGAGGGGGAGGGUGAUUUCGGCAAUGGAAACUAUGAGCUACGUUAUGACCCCGAGGCCGCAGCGCUUAUUGGUUUUGACGGGCCCUCUAAUGAGCCUCCACCUGCAAGUCAAGCUCUUCAUGAAACGGAGAGGGCGAGUUUUACGGAUGAACUGGCGAAUGAGCUUGGGGAACGAUCGAUUUCAGUGAGACAACAGGAAGAGUCUAACCAGGAGCCCUCCAACCGAUAUCCGGUGGACCAAUCAUAUCCUCCUACUGCUUCCCAUCCGUCGCAAUACCACAAUGGUAGUACCGACGCCAGUGAGGGCUCGAGGCCUCCACAAUGA